AUGGCCCCCCCAAUCAUCUUCCGUCAGCCCCCUACCCAGGUUCGCAUGCCAAAAGACUUCAAAGCCCUGUCGAUCUCCGACGAGGCAAUCUCACCACGGGAGUCUUCGUUGCACCGCCCACCGGACACGAAUGGCGAGUCCUGCUCUCGUACGGCUUCGGCGUUCCCACAGUCGGACAGAGACAACCGGUACCACGGCAACGACCGCAGGGCAGCCGGCUCGAACAUUAACAACACCAGCAGCAGGGCUAGCUACAGGCCCAAUAUUGUGACCAACCCCCGCAACGCCAGGCACAUCGACGCCGCGAACAAACACCCCGUCCACAGCGCGCACGCGGGACCCAGCUCCGGCACCCCCCGACCCGGCCCCACCAGCCAGGCGCCCGCAGACGACGGCGCCCGCGCCAGCAACGACUGGCGCGUGUGCGAGGACCGCGGGUGCCGGGUGUGCCGCGGGCGCGGCUACACGAUGGAGGACGGGGAGCACGUGGACCGGUUCUUCGCGGACAUAGCGCGGCGGACGAUGGAGCGGCGGGGCGUCCCGCCGCGGCGGCCGCGGACGCCGUCGUGGUACUGCCCCGCGGCGUCGGCGUCGGCGCUCGCGGCCGCGACGGCGGCGGCCCAACGGGGCGAGCGCUGGCCGCCGGGGCGCGCGGCGCCGGGGCCCCCCCACCGCGCCGCCCCCGACGACGCGCGCGUGUCCGGCCCCUACCCCGGCGGGCCCCCGCCCAACGAGCGCCGCCGCGCCGAGCAGGCCGCGCCGCUUUCCUUCGGCCCGGUAGGCAGCGGGGCGCCCCGGGGCGCCGGGGCCGGCGGCGAGAGAGAGAGAAAGAACCCCGCGGCUGGGGUAGCUGAGGAGAGGAGUAUGCAGCGGUAG